AUGCCGCCAACGUUAUUACCCUCAUCAUCGGCCCGGCCUCUCAUGGCUCUCGCCUCUCGCCUCUCCUCUACAACAACCUCCUGCUCACUCCUCACAUCUUCAAUAACGUCAACGGCAUCAACAAAAUCGUCAUCAGCAACACGAGCCUUCUCAACCACCUCCCCCCACCUCACCAAAACCGUCAAACCGCACCGCCUCCCCAGCGACCUCAUCCCCCCCUACCCCUACGGCCAGCGCCUCGUCUACAAGCAGUCCAACGCCGGCCUCUACGGCUCCGCCCGCAUCCGCUUCGGCAACACCGUCGCCCCCAAGCACAACAACAAGGCCCGCCGCCUCUGGCGCCCCAACGUCCACGUCAAGACGUUCCUGAUUCCCUCCCUCGGCGCCCGCAUCAAGCCCCGCCUCACCCUGCGCGUCCUCAAGACUAUCCGCCGCGAGGGCGGCAUCGAGAACUACCUGCUCAAGAGCAAGCCCGCGCGCCUCAAGGAGCUGGGCCCCGGUGGAUGGAAUCUGCGCUGGCUGCUGAUGCAGAGUCGCGGCGUGCAGCAGCGCUUUAACGAUGAGAGGGUUGCGCUGGGCUUGGAGCCGAGGGAGCUGGAGGACAGGGACGAUAUUAUCCAGUAUGCGCUCGAUUACGCUACUCCGGGACCGCUAAGCUUGCGGAGCAAGGCUACGUUGGCUGAGAUGAGGGCUGCUUUGGACCAGACCUUUGUGCUGGGCGACGAGGACUUGGCGGAUCUAGAGGGGAUCCAAGAGCUUUCUGACGAAGAGGAAGCGUUGCUGAUGCAGCAGAUAGACCGUGCGGAUGAGGCAGCAAGGACCAGUCAGCUCAAGGCGGAAAAGGAAAAGCAAAGUCUUGAAGUGUAA